UGCACAAAGUCUGUGUGGUCUGACUGUGAGGGUGGCUGGGCUCCAGCAGGGGCGGACACCACUGGGCUCAGCUAGCAGUCAGCCCCUCGCGGGGCCCUGCGGCUUUCUCCCGAGGAGCUCCUUGCCUGGGUGCCUGCUGGCCUCCUAGGAGGAAGCCCCCUCCCUCCCUCUCCCCCCCAUCCCUCUGUCUGAUCAGCUUCAGAAUUCUGCUCCUAGCAUAGCGGAUGUCCCAGCCGGCUUCUCAUCACUGAAGCUGUGAGUAGAACAGCCAUGUUCACAUCAUUUGAACAAUACGAACAAGCAAAUCCGCCAUAAUCAUGGAUGCGUGGAAGGGAAGGGCCCAUGCUGUGUCUACCACGAACCAGAGCUUGGUGAGGCCAGAAGAUGCUGACAGGCCCCAGGGGCCACUUCGGGUCUGCCUCCCCAAAGGGAGAUUCCUAGUCAGGGACCAGGCACCCCGAGGCUGGUCAGAAGGGAUAGUGGCCACUCAGGGCAGAGCACACUCUUGCACUUAGAUCCAGGAUGAGUCUGGAUGUCUUGGUGGCUACAGAGCAGGAAUCUGCUCCUGGGGCUUGGGCAGCGGGAAAGGGAGUUUCCAGCGAAUGAACUUGGAUGACAAUCCAGAGCACAGGGUUGGAAGGGCAGCCGGGCCUGAGACCCCGCCAAGGUGAGGGCGCCCUGGGGACUGGGCGGCACAGUCCAACAAGGCUGAGAAGUCGGUGCAGCUUGCACACGAUGCUUUCCCCAGUUCUUCACUUUGGAAUGGGUCCGGAAGCUAGCACCACAUCCUGAUGGCACUGCCUACCUGGGAGAACAAGAUUUUCCCUGCUCAAGGGCUGAAAUCCAUUCCCCUUCACCUGCUGAUGGGGGAGGGGUUUGAGAAUCAGCAUGGAGACAUGGUUGGGACUCUGGCUUGGCCACUUACCAGCCUGUGAUGCAGGGUAUCCACGUCACCCCUUGGGGCCUCCAUUGCCACACCAUGAACAAAGUGUGUAUAUGAAUGUCCCAGUCCAAGGAUUGCUGUGACGGCCGGUGUGACCACUGACACAGAGUGCUAGCUACACAGAAGGUGCUCACGGCAUCGGGCACCUGCUGCGUGCAAACCAGGAGGGAAGGGAGCCAGAGCCCUGCUCCCCUCAACGAUCCUGUACCUGGGGUCCCGGUAACUCAUGCACAAGGUCAAUAGGCAGCAGGUUCUGUCGGGUCUGAGACCUGAUUUUUUUCAUGGCAUGUUCCCGCGACCAUAACAAAUAACCCAGACUGGCUGGUUUAGACAAUAGGCAUUCAUUUCUCAGGGUUCUGGAGGAUAGAUGUGCAAAAUGCAGGUGUGGGCAGGGCUGGUUCCUCCUGAGGCUUCUCUCCUGGGUGUGUAGACCCUGGGUUCUCCCUGUGUCCUCACAUGGUCGACCCUCUGUGCAUGUCUGUGUCCUCAUCCCGUCUUCUUAUAAGGACCCCGGUGGUAUCAGAUAAGGGUCCACCCUAAUUUCAUUUCACCUUAACCACCUCUUUUAAGACCCCAUCUCCAACUACAGUCCUGUUCUGAGGUGCUGGGGUUGAGGAUUUCAACAUAUGGAUUUUGGGGAGCACGGUGUACCCCAUAAUAUCCUGCUUAGGAACUAACAUGUGCCUUGGUCCUUCCUUCCCCCAAGUCCCACGGGGGUGAGGCAAUGGCCAAAGGAAACAGCACACAUGCACUGUUUGUAUCUCAGCUGGGGAUCAGUCUUUGAGCUCUUUGAUGAAGCAGCAAAGGAGCCAGCCCCCUCCUGGGGUAUCAGCUGUAUCAGCUGACCCCUGGGGUGUCCAUGUGCCCGGCACAACACAAGUGCUCAUUGUCAGGAAAGGCAGGAGCGGACAGAGCCUCAGUGAGGGUGUCUGGGGCUCUCAGCAACAGGCGCCUCUCCCAAAAGACACUUUAGCAAGCACAGGGCACCUUUGGGUGGAGUCACAAGUGGUCUCUUUUGUGCCUGGAAAGAUCCCCCUGGGGCUGGAUGUGAGAUGCGCCAUGUGGCCGGGAGCCUCAUCUGGGCUCUAUGCAGGAAUCAGGCCCGAGACUGGGGCUUGGGGCCGGGCUGUGCCAUAUGUGGGAAUUAGCGUGGGGACUGGUGAUAGCCUUUGGUUGUGUACACGUCACAGAUGUUACUGGGCACAAGGAAAGUGGGGAGCGCAGGACAGUCCCGAGUAUUGGGGCUCAGCAACUAGGGUAUGGAGAGCAGCAGAGAUCAGUCCUUGGAGCCUAGGUUUGCUCUUAAGUCCAGAUCUUGAUUCUGUGGUUGGAUAGAUGCAUCUGUCUGGGGGAGAGGAGAAAAGUCAUAUUGGAGUCGCCGGGCAAUGAAGAAAUUCCGGUCGGGGUAUGACGGUUAUAUGCAGACCCUGUGCAGGUGAUUGUCGCCCUGAAGGAACAGCUCAGACCCACAGAUAGGAACUGUCACUGAAGCUUUGUCAUCGAUCCAGAAACCUCAGGUCCCUGAGCUCAGCCCCCCUGUUGUCUAGUCAGGGUGGGUGGGCACUCUGUUUUCAAUGUGCGGGGCUGAAACAGAGCUGUAUUUGCCAUCAUGGAGGAAUUAGCUGCAGCAGGAGCUCUGCCCGUGGAUGGUGCAAUCCCCACAUGCAGCAGGAGCUCUGCCUGCAGACUCGGCAAUCCCCACACAGGCUGAAUGUGCUGUGAGCUCCAUGGUUAUGGCUUUGGAGGUGGUAACUGCUUGCUUCCCAGAAGGAAGGGCCUCUGCUCCUGCAGCUAACAGGCAGGGCUCAGGGGCCGUGGGCUUUAGCUCCCCAGCAGAGCCCAGCCUCUGGUCCACCCUCCGCCAGGCCAGCACUUUGCACACAGCCUGCUUCCAAGUCCCCUAACAUAACCAGCACGUGUGCACUGCUUUCCCAGGUGCAGUGAGACCUCUGGCAAGGAUUGGGGAGAACUCUAGCCUGCAGGUACAGGAUUUCUGGGACUCAGUGUCCCACUCUUCCUCCCUCUGCUAGGACGCCUGCGGGAUAGACGAAUCAGGGCUAUUUUGGGGGUACUACGUGGAGGCCCUUAGGGUAAACACUUAGGAAAAUUCGCGUUUCCAGAGAGAUGGCACAAGUAUAUUCUGACUCUCAGGGAUGUGGGGGCACCCGCUGUGAAUGAGCAAUGCUAACAGAGGAUGGCGGCUGCAGGUGUUAGCCCGCACGUAGGUGGGCUUUCCAACAGAAGCUCCGAGUCAGCAGGAGCGCGCCGCCCCUGCAGGUGUAUGGGAGCCGGGAGCACCAAGCGUGCAGGAGCGCACCUCCCCUGCAGGUGUCCGGGAGCACCGAGCUUGCAGGAGCGCGCCUCCCCUGCAGGUGUCUGGGAGCACCGAGCGUGCAGGAGCGCGCCUCCCCUGCAGGUGUCCGGGAGCCGGGAGCACGGAGAAUGCAGGAGCGCGCCUCCCCUGCAGGUGUCCGGGAGCCUGGAGCACCGAGCGUGCAGGAGCGCGCUUCCGCUGCAGGUGUCCGGGAGCACCGAGAAUGCAGGAGCACGCCUCCCCUGCAGGUGUCCGGGAGCCGGGAGCACCGAGUGUGCGGGUGUUCGGGAGGGGGGAGCACCGCGGGGAGAGCACCGAGCAGGGUUUUCCCGGAGCAGCUGCAGCACAGUCCCGAGCCCCCGUCACAUCUCCUCCUCCAUCACGUCUCUCCUUGCGCCUCUUUCCGGGGUGGCCUCUCCCCGGAUGCACUCGCGCUUCCGUUGCUCGCUCGGCAUUCAGCCGUCUCCCAUCACCAGCUUCCGCACCUGUCGUCCGUCUCCGCCCCCUCCCGUCAAUGUCUGUCGCUGCCACUCGUCCCCCUCGAAAUAACUCGAUCUCCUACUUUGGCCCCCCGGCGCCCUCCGUCAGUCCUUCAUUCAAGCUCACUGCUGUCCGUCACUGCUCGGUGCCCUCCGUCAGCCCUUUGUUCAAGCUCAGUGCUGUCCGUCACCCCUCACUGCUGUCUGUCCCUGCCCGGCACCCUCCGUCCGGGCUUGGCCCCUCGGCACCAUCUGUCAGCCCUUCGUCCGGGCUCGGCGCUGUCCGGCAGCCCCCUCAGUGCUGUACGUCACUGCUCGGCACUCUCCGUCCAGGCUCAGCUCUCUUCGUCCCUGCUCAGCACCCUCCGUCAGCCCUUCGUUUGGGCUCGGUGCUGUUCGUCAGCCCCGGAAUGCUGUGCAUCACUGUUCGACACUCUCCAUCUGGGCUCGGCCCUUCGGUACGCUCCGUUAGCCCUUCGUUCAGUCUCGGUACCGUCCGUCAGACUCUCAGUGCUGUCCGUCACUGCUCGGCAGUCUCCGUCUGGGCUCGGCCCCUCCGCGCGCUAUAACAGCCGUUCGUCAAGACUCGGCCCCGUCCAUCAUCAUCCGUCAGCAGCUCGUGUAAGCUCGGCCCCUCGGCCCUUCGUUCAGGCUCGGCGCCGUCCGUCAGCCCCUCAGUGCUGUUCGUCAGUGCUCGGCACUCUCCGUCCGGGCUCGGCCCCUCCGCGCGCUCUAACAGCCGUUCGUCAAGACUCGGCCCCGUCCAUCAUCAUCCGUCAGCAGUUCGUGUAGGCUCGGCCCUUCGGCCCUCCGUUCAGGCUCGGCGCU